GCAGAGCCUCGGCAGCCAGUAGAGCCGAAUAAAGAGCUGGAGGGCUGGGGUUGCGCAGGAGAUCUGCAAACCACAACGGGGGACAAUUCUUAUCUUUCUUUCAUGCUUCUUUCUUUCUCUUAAAAAAAACCCUCCCUUGUUCCCACUGUAACUUGGAGGAACAAGGAGUGGUUUGAAGGAACUGACGCAGAAGUUUUAUUUAUAAACCUUAAAGAAGUUCUGGGCAAGUCACUCAACAGAACCCGCGAGGCCCCAGGUAACCCCAGCUCCCGGCGCUGGCUCAGCCUGGCAAGCCAACCCACAGCCUCAGGCAGGGGUGCGGGGCGCCCUCUGACUUUGCUUUUGGAGUAAUGACACGACCCGUGACGUGGACCCAGGUGGCCUCGCUUGGUGAGCGUCCCCACCAGGUCUGAUCGCCACUGUGGCUCAGAGACUCUAAGCUGUAGCCAGUAUGAUGGAUGACAACACCGAAUUAAGGACUGAUGGAAACUCACUUUUAAAGGCCGUGUGGCUGGGGAGGCUCAGGCUGACCAGACUCCUCCUGGAAGGGGGUGCUUAUAUCAACGAAAGCAACGACAAAGGCGAAACGGCUCUCAUGGUGGCAUGUAUCACCAAACAUGUGGACCAGCAGAGCAUCAGCAAGUCCAAGAUGGUGAAGUAUCUGCUGGACAACAGGGCAGACCCCAAUAUCCAGGAUAAGUCUGGCAAGACCGCCCUCAUCCAUGCUUGCAUCAGAAGAGCUGGGGGAGAAGUGGUCUCCUUGCUAUUGGAGAAUGGAGCAGACCCCAGCCUCGAGGAUCGCACAGGGGCUUCAGCUCUGGUUUACGCAAUAAAUGCAGAUGACCAGGAUGCAUUGAAACAUCUCCUGGAUGCCUGCAAAGCCAAAGGCAAGGAGGUGAUUAUUAUAACAACGGAUAAAUCAUCUUCAGGAACCAAAACCACCAAACAGUAUCUUAAUGUCCCUCCUUCACCCAAAGAGGAAGACAGACAGUCACCUCCACGGUGUGCAUCUCCCUCGGGUAUUGAACUGAAGGCUCCAGGCCUGGGCUCUCCACCCAGUGAGAAGGAAGAUGACUUCUUUAGCCUCCAGUCAGGGCAUCCAGGUGGUUGCAACACCUCCAAGCCUCCUAAUGAUCCUGGGUCACUCACUAGGAAGGUCGGGAACCUCAAAAGGGCCCGUUUGCCUCAACUGAAGAGGCUCCAAUCUGAGCCCUGGGGCCUGACCGCGCCCUCCGUGUUGGCCGCCUCUAUGCGCCAGGAUGGGAGCCAUGGCGCAGGUGCAGACAGCGAGGUCAUCAAGAGCAUCAGUGACAUGUCCUUCCCCAAAAGGGGCCCCCUUUCCAGAACCAACAGUACUGAUGGCAAAGACCCCAGCCUCUUCCUCACGGUCACGGAGCAGGUUCUGAAGAUCCCAGCCUCUUUGGCACCAGCCUCGUGGAAGGCAGCCUACGAGAAAAGUCAGCCUCCCCACCCACGUCUGGCCGGAAGAGGAACUCUCCCUAUUGACCAAGAGAAGGGUGGCAUUGGCCCAUCAGGCCCCUCUGCUCUCAAAGACGCAGUGUCCCUCAAACGGCUGGAAAAUGACCUCUAUGAUUUAGAUUUACAGCCAGGGGCCGAUCCGCCCAACUCCAUCUCCCUUGAAUCAGGCAAAGGACCCGUAGAUUGGAAGAAGCUCAACAACUCCCACUUGUCUCUCUUCCAGGGCUCCAGGGAGGCCCUGGAUGCUGCGUCCUGCACAUCUCCCAGCUCAGCGCGCCACAGGCCACCCCAUCUUCUAGAAAGACGGGGUUCCGGAACUCUGCUACUAGACCGAAUUUCCCAGACCAGGCCUGGCUUCCUUCCGCCUUUAAAUGUAAAUCUGAACCCACCUAUCCCGGAUAUUAGAUCGAGCAGCAAACCUUCCUCUCCACUUGCUAGUGGCUUAAAAUCCAUGGUACCUGUUGCUCCAAGUUCACCAAAGAGAGUUGACUUGAGAAGUAAAAGGAAGCUCCUCAGAAGGCAUUCUAUGCAAGUUGAACAGAUGAAGCAGCUGUCUGACUUUGAAGAAAUCAUGACCUAGAAGCUUUUUCAGCGAGGUUUUUUUUUUUUUUUAAAUCUACGUAGUUUAUGAAAAGUACCAUAAUCUAGACCAACACGGUCAUGCAGAGUCUCUGCAUCUUGAUCACUCCUUACUGUGGGUGUGUGGCUACUUCAGGAGAGAUGGAAACGGUGCCGCUUCCCUUCUGAAAGAACAUCUGGGUUUUUAUAGGCCUACUCGAAAAGAGCCCAGUAUAAUUGGGUUUUGGAGAUGAAAAUAUCUCCAAAGGAAGAAAACCUUUGGAGUUUGAAAGUCACACCGCAGGUACAAUGAUCUAAGCGGCUGACGCCCAUUAUUUUCUACCAGACAAACAACUUAAAUCACAAGAUGGUAUCUGGAGGACGUCAUGGGUAAUAAAUCUAUAAAGUGCCUAUAAAGAAAACGAGGCUUUUUCGAAUGUGCAAAAGUUCAAAACCGAUCUUUGGGCUGUUAAAUAUGGGUAUCUGUGUCACAUCUGGAGGAACAGAAGUAGAAUUCUCCCAUCAGAGGGGUUCUGGUAUUCGGGUCCUGCCUCUUCCCAUGUCAUGGGGCACUGGCUGGGGUAGCAUAGUUGAGAUCUUUCAGAACUCCGGUAACAGGCUUUAUCCACGUACUAAUUCGGGUGUGCUUUGAGUCCCCAAAUAUUAGAUCUACGUGUCCCCCAAAUUCUGUUAUGUCACAGUAGCUGGUGCCUCAGAGACGAAUCUUGCCCAGAAAUGAAACUGGCCUUGGCCUCCUGCCCUGACACAGGUUCUGUGUUGAGAUCUUGUGAAAAACAGUCAGGGGCUAUUGGCUAAUUUGGAGUUUUGUACAUACAACUCAUAGAAUAGACCCAUAAGAAGCGUUUCCUGAUUAUCCUUUAAAAAAAAAAAACACUUGGUAA